AUGACCAUGACCUAUGGUGAAUCACGAGGACCUUGCAUGAUACCGAUAAGCAGCGAAAUAGAUAUAAGAGAAAGCAAGCAAAUGUGCAGAUGUAGGAAUGUAAAAGUCAAAUUAAAGACGCGGACAAAGAUGAAGCGGCGGUCGCUGCCCGCCGUUCGCGAGGACAACCACAAAAGGAACAUGUGUAACAGUGAUUUUGUGAUCUAUGUUAUGGUGAUAACGACGGCGGUGCUAAGUUAUGUGAACAGUUUGAAUGGCGAUUUUGUCCAUGAUGAUAUCCCUGCUAUAGUGACGAACGGUGACGUAAUAGGAACAAACUCUUUUAAGGAACUAUUUCUGAACGAUUUUUGGGGCACGCCCAUGUCUGAUGCAAGCAGCCAUAAGUCUUAUCGACCAUUGACCACGCUUUCUUUUCGACUUAAUCACGCGCUAGUUGGAUUACAGUCGUGGUGGUGGCAUGCUUGUAAUGUCUCGCUUCACGCCGCGUGCUGCGCGCUGGUCACAAGGGCUUGCAUGACAAUAGCUCGUCUGCAACGUCCAUUUGCUGCACUGGCGGCUAUAUUAUUUGCAGUGCAUCCUGUGCACACUGAAGCGGUAGCUGGAGUGGUCGGAAGGGCAGAUGUCUUGGCGUGCAUAUUUUUUCUGUUAUCUGUCUUAGUCUACCAUAGACCUACAAGCAAUAAGAGGUGUGUGGGGUUGAGCGUUGUUUUUGGAGCACUUAGUAUGCUUGCAAAAGAGACUGGCGUAACAGCACUUCUUCUUAAUAUUGUCAUCGAUUUUUAUAGAUGUUGGCCAUUCGUAAAAAGGUCUUUUUACUUAAUGAAAAUCGAAAAGAAAUGCGCUGGUCUGUCAGUCCGAACAUUCAAAGUCUUAGUAUCCCUUGCGGUACUGAUAUACCUCCGGCUGGAGUUAUUGCAAGGAACAUGGCCGUCAUUUUCUCCUCAAGACAACCCGGCUGCUUUCCAUCCUAGUUUUCUUGUAAGGUUAAUGACCUUCAGCUACCUGGCAGCAUUCAACUGGUGGUUGCUUCUCUGUCCUUGGACACUAAGCCACGACUGGCAAAUGGGAUCAGUUGCGCUCAUCACCAGCGGCUGGGAUCCUAGAAAUUUACUCACAUGUGCAGCUUUUGGUGCGCUGAUUCUUCUUUGCUAUCGCUCCGGUGCCGAUGUCGUGAAUCGUCGACAUACGCCUGCCGUUAUUGGAGUAUUAUUACUAGUAAUUCCUUUUCUACCAGCAAGCAAUUUACUGAUAACUGUCGGUUUUGUCAUAGCCGAACGUGUUCUUUACACACCGAGCAUCGGCAGUGUGAUAAUAACGGCUUAUGGACUUCAACUAUUGUGGUACUCUAAGCCAGGCACCAAAGCAUUUCUGGCAGUUGGCUUAGCGGUGUUAGCUGCAAGUGGAGUAGCACGAACAUAUCGUCGAAAUGCUGACUGGCAGGAUCGGGCAACACUAUUAAGAUCGGAUUUAGUGACUUUGCCGCAAAAUGCCAAACUGCACUACAACUUUGCGAACUUUCUCCGCGAGGCGGAGCAGCAAGAAAAUGCUAUCAAACAUUACAAAGAAGCUUUGAGGUUAUGGCCGACAUACUCAAGCGCUCACAAUAAUAUUGGCACCCUACUUAGCGGAUUAGAAAACGCAGAAUAUCACUUCCUGCAGGCAAUCAAGUUUAACAAGCACCACGCUAAUGCGCAUUACAAUCUUGGAAAGUUGUACAAAAAAAAUGGGCAAACAAAGCAAGCCAUCGAAAUGCUCGAAAAAUGCAUACUUCUUCGCCCUUUGUUCGUUCAAGCUCAUUUUGAACUUAUCUCACUGACACCCGAACCGGAAAAGCAAAAGAUUUUAUGGAGAUUAAUGAAAUUGGAGUCAGAUAAUUGGGAAUUUUAUGUUUUAUAUGGAAAUUGGCUGAAAGAUAAAGGGCUCGCUGGACCUGCAUCCAAGUUCUACCUUGAAGCAACAAGGCUUGCACUCAAAAAUCGAAAUAUUAAAACUUCAUUAAGGGGAGAUCUCAUUUCGUUUCGAUCUACUGCUUUGAUGUAUAGAAAACUGGGACAAAAAUCAAGGACUUUGCAACUUUUGACUAGAUGGCAAACUUGGCGUAGAGAGUGGCCCAAUAUGGCCGCAGUUCACUUGUACUUGAGAGAUUGGCGACUCAAAAUGGAAUUGGAAGGUCGAGUUCAAAUCUACAGUAAAGGAUUAAAUCCAAUAAAAUCUACAACAUGCUUCGACCACUCUCAGUUUAUUAUCAAUGUUGAACAAUCAAAGAAUAAAGAAGACCGAAAAAAAGAGGAGCAUACUUUUGAUAAUAAUGAUCUUAAGUCAAAAAAUAUGAAAAAUGUUAUAAACACAAGUGAAAAAACUAGUGACAGUGCGUGUAAUAUAAAACAGGGUAAAAUAAAAAAGCAUAGCCAAUUAAUUUCAUUCCAAAUCAAAACUAGGCAAAACAAGUCUGAAAUCGGACUAACAGGCAAAAAACUCUCAGUGUACAAUAAAGAGAAAAAUGCCAAAGACAAUAACUUCAUUGCAAAGUUCACGGCGCCACAUUCAGAGCUUAUAAAAACGUUUUAA